GGUCACCCAAGAUGGCGGCGUCCAGGAGGCGCUGAGGCCUGGAGCGGAGGAUGGCGCUGGUGGCGCUCGCGGCCGGGGCUCGGCUGGGGCGGCAGCUGAGCCGGCCGGGCCCAGGGCUGAGGCCGGGGCGAGGGCACCGGACGGCGGCCGGGCGCUCGCGGAGCUCGUGCGAGGCGGACGCACCCGUGUUCCAGUACGUGGGCGAGCGGGCGGCCCGUGCCGACCGCAUCUUCGUGUGGGGCUUCAGCUUCUCGGGGGCGCUGGGCGUGCCCACCUUCGUGCUGCCCAGCGCUGGGCCCAAGCACCGCGCCGGCUCGCGGCCGCCCCGCAGGAUCCAGCCCGUGCCCUACCGCCUGGAGCUGGACCAGAAGAUUUCAUCUGUUGCCUGUGGCUAUGGAUUCACACUGCUAUCCUCUAAAACUAAGGAUGUGACGAAAGUUUGGGGUAUGGGGCUCAACAAAGAUUCCCAGCUUGGAUUUCACAGGAGCCGCAAAGAUAAAACCAGGGGAUACGAGUAUGUUCUGGAGCCUUCGCCCAUCCCACUGCCCCUGGACAGACCUCAGGAGACCCAGGUGCUUCAGGUCUCCUGCGGCAGAGCCCACUCUCUCAUCCUGACAGACCGCGAAGGAGUCUUUAGCAUGGGAAACAAUUCUUAUGGGCAGUGCGGAAGAAACGUGGUUGAAAAUGAAAUUUACAGCGAAAGUCACAAAGUCAACAGAAUGCAGGACUUCGAUGGGCAGGUGGUCCAGGUGGUUUGUGGCCAGGACCAUAGCCUGUUCCUGACGGACAAAGGAGAAGUCUACUCUUGCGGCUGGGGCGCCGACGGGCAAACAGGUCUGGGCCACUACCGUAUCACCAGCGUGCCCACCAAGCUGGCCGGGGACCUGGCCGGAGUGAACAUCGUGCAGGUGGCCACCCACGGUGAUUGCUGCCUGGCCGUGUCUGCUGAGGGCGGCCUCUUCGGUUGGGGGAACUCGGAGUACCUGCAGCUGGCCGCCGUUACCGACUCCACACAGGUGAACGUCCCCCGGUGCUUACCCUUCUCAGGAGUGGGGAAGGUGAGGCAGGCUGCGUGCGGUGGUACAGGCUGCGCUGUGUUAAAUGGAGAAGGACAUGUUUUCGUCUGGGGCUACGGAAUUCUUGGGAAAGGACCGAACCUUGUGGAAAGUGCACUUCCCGAGGUGAUCCCGCCCACUCUCUUCGGCCUGACGGAGUUCAACCCGGAAGUCCAAGUUUCCCUCAUCCGAUGUGGCCUCAGCCACUUUGCUGCCCUGACCAGUGACCAUGCCUGGGGAGCCCGUGGAUGUGGCGUGUGGUGUGGAUCACAUGGUGACUCUGGCCAAGUCUUUCGUCUGAAGCCCCUCCCUGACCUGCUUGAGCCCGGAACCUGGCCUCAGAACCACUGGGACUGCUUGGCAGAGGCCCCUGACGGGGCUCUUGCUAGGGGUCAGAGAGGAUCCGGGCCCUUGGUGACACAUGAUGCUCUCUGCCAGUGCCCUUAGCAAGAACGGACGGGAAGUCCCGGGACUCAGGGCCCCUCUCCGGCUGAGGGUGAGACUGGCUGCGUUCACCGCGGGAUGGCUGUCCUCAUCAGGCCAAGCACCAGUGAGAGGGAUCCCUAUUCCUGACCUGAGCAACUGGUCCGGGAGAAGCUUAGCUCUCCGGCAUGCCAUUUUGUUUGUUCUUAAAGGUGGCCCGACGGACUCUUAAGUGGCCCGGUGGGCUUUUGUAUGUAAGCCUCCGACCACAGCAGAGCUCAUGGUGGGCGUGUGGGCAUCAGGGUGAGCCCCAGCCUGACUGAGGGAGCCGGGCUGAGAAGCCCCUGCAGGAGUUAGAGCGAGGCCAGGUUCUCGUGCACCGAACACGCCCCGCAAAAGCUUGUCUGGAGGGCCAGCCUCGGAGAAGAGAUUCAGAAAUUGUGGAAAACAAUUUGAGGUAGUAACAUAAACUUGGCCUUUCGUUUAAAAAUGUCUUUGAAAAAUCCGUUUUAGAAUAAAGUCUAUUUUCUGCCUUUUUAUUUUUGAGCACUGAAGAGGUCUUUUUUUUUUUUUUAAUCUUACUUGAUCAUUUAGAGAUUCGCUUGCAAAAACAAGGCUUUUGAUAAAGAGGCAGCUAGAAGCCAGUGACAGAUACUUCAGAAGCCAGUCCUGCUUGAAAACAAUUUGUCUUCACAGUCCCCUCCCACGGUUCAGUUGGGAGAAAA